GUUUGUCUCUCCCUUCUAUCUCCGGGCUGCUUAUCAUAGCUCCCACCAAUUACCACCUCAUCCCGACCUCGCAUGAUCCCCCGCAGUGCCAAAUACGUCCAUAAUUUUAGCUCCUAAACCACCCACUGAGUGACAACAAGUCACUCUAUCACAUCCUUCACAGCGAGUUCGUCGGCUGCCUCAUACAUACCCUGCUCAGCCGCACAGCCUCUCUGCCCUAAAAUAAGCUGCAGUAGGGCGCAAUGGACCCUGUAUCCCUUGCCGGCUUGGCGCUGGGAGUUGCUUCCAUCAGCCUCCAGGUCUACACAGGAUGUAUUCAAGGGAUACAGCUCCUUGUUACGGCAUUGGGCUAUGAGGACGAGUGCAAGUAUCUCAAUCUCCGUCUCAGGAUGGAACAGCAGCGCCUGUUUUGCUGGAGUGAGGCUUCUGGCCUCCUUGACCUUGAUGCCAAGAACCAAGACAAGGUUCUCAACUCAAACGUAUUCAAUCUUCACCGCCAGACUGUAAUUGAUCUGCUUGUCCAAAUCCAGUGUCUCUUCAAUGAGUUUACAGAGUACCAGCAGAAGCACAAUAACCUCUCUACCGUCGUGGAUAAAGAUGGUGUUUUGGAUGCUCCAGAAAAAGAUGCCAAGCUGUCAAACUAUCCUAUGAGUGAUAAGAAACGGAACUUUAUCAAAAAGGCCAUGGCUGGACUCAAGUCCAAAUCAUCAGAAGGCCUUACUAGGUUAAGGUGGACGUCAUUUGACAAGCAAGGAUUUGAAAAGUUGCUGGCCAAGUUUUCAGUUCUCAAUGACAACAUGACCAAUAUCCUCGACCACUCCUUACAGGUCGAGAUUCGCAAUACCGUACAGGAUACCAAUCGUGGGGUCCUGUUACUCCAUCACAAGAUAGCCGAUCUGAGUCAUCUUGUGUUAGCUCUCAAGUCUCAGCUCGAUGCAGGUUCCCGUGUAGGACCGUCGCAAAUGUCCAAACUGGAAAGGGAAGCCAAUGCUGACGCCCUGCGGCAAUUGUCAAGGUUGGCCAAGUUCAAGGCCUUCAAUGAGACUAUCGAUCCCAAGUCAGAUAGCCCAGCAGUCUUUGACGAAGCUGCUGCAAAGUUCCUCGAUCUUGCAAAGCCAGGUCAUCAGCGCAAUCUAUUCAUCCCUCGAUACCUCAUAGAGCUGGACCCAGACGUGGAUGAAUCAGAGGCCUCACGAUGUGAGGCUUUCAUGAAGACGGCAGAAGGCAAGAAAAAUGUUUGGAUUGAGUGGAAGGACUAUGACAAUACAGAGACCCAACCAGGUUCGCUAUCAAAGGCCGAUAUCAUUGAGAGAGUUCGGAAACUUGCUGCUUUGCUGAACCAUAGUCCCAAGCCCGAGGCCUUUCGCACUCCUCACUGUCUGGGGUUCUUCGAUAAAGCUGAUCCCAACAUUUCCGAGGACGACGUUGAUAUUCUAGAUCGAAGACUUGGCCUCAUCUUCGAGCGCCCAUCCGACGAUAAUCUACACGCCUCGCUCCCACCUGUUUCUCUCCGUGAGCUUCUCCAAGACUCAAAAGUUCGCAAGCCUCGUGUUACAGAACGAGUAUAUUUGGCAUACGCUAUCAGCAACUGUCUCCUCUACCUUCAUGCUGUACACUGGCUACACAAGGGUCUUCGCAGUCACAAUGUGUUAUUCUUCCGAACACGUGAUGGCCACAUAGACUACCGCCAACCAUAUAUCUCGGGUUUCGAUUUUUCACGGCCUGGAGGAUCAGAUGAAAUGACUGAUGCGCCAGGAGAUGACGCAGAGCAUGAUCUAUACCGGCAUCCCAACGCUCAGUCCAACCGCCGACGGGAUAGAGAGCGUUCCAAGAAAAGCUUCGACAUUUAUAGUCUGGGAGUCAUUUUAGUCGAAUUGGCGCAUUGGCGGUUGGUUGAAGAUGUGCUGAGUAUCGAUAUGAGGCGUGCGCGGGGGAGACCUGAUAUUGUGCGUGGCGUUCGAGAGGCUCUGUUGGAGGAAGACCAAGUCGCAUCAGUAGGUGCAGAUAUGGGAGAGAGGUUUGAAGAUGCAACACGGAAGUGUUUGGCUGGAGGUAAUGAAUUGGGACUAAAUGAGGGAGACGAUGAGACACGAAAUGAAGUUGCUGAAAAGUUAUCUAUGAAAUUUUAUGAGGACGUAGUAAAGCGAUUGGAGGGCGUGGUUGUGUAGAGCGGGUAUAGUUUAGGGAUACGUUUAGACUUGUCAUGACUGAACGAAGCAAUGAGAAAAUGGCCGUAUAUUAAAAUUCGAACGAGGUAUUAUUUGAAGACAAGGCUAUCAA